CAUGGAAAAAGGAAAAGAACAUUCAUCUACCAUAAGACCAUCUACCUCAAAUCCCCCAUCUGUGGACAUACCAUCAAGUUCUCCAAACAUCCCAAUGCACGGUUACUAUCGACCCUCAUCCGCGGAUAUACCAUCAACUUCUCCAAACAUCCCAAUGCACGAUUUCUAUGGAGCAGUGCCUGUGUGGUCAUCGGGUUUUCUCCCAUUUCCUGCUGUCAACCAAUAUCCAAGCAAUAUACAGAAUGCUAGUUACCCAUUUCAAGAUGGCAUCGAAAGCCAGUUGUCUCUCAGCAAUACCUCGGUUACAAGCAGAUUUCUGGGUACGGAGGAUACUAGACCCUCAGUUGGGGAAACUCAGUUGGCAGCUACAUCUUCUACAGUUGAAGAAAUUCAUCUUGAUAGACAAGAUGCACAACAAAGAGAGUGUGGUAGUGCCAAAACAUCUGAGAAAGUUGAAAUGGAUGGCGAUGAUGAGCCCGUUUCGGGAAUGGAAUUUAAUUCAUUAGAAGAUUUAAUGAAUUAUUAUAAGGAAUAUGGCAAAAAACGCGGGUUUGGGGUGAUGACAAAAAGGAGUGAGAGGGGAGAGGAUGAGACUGUGAGAUAUGUCACUCUUGCCUGUGCCCGUGGAGGGAAGGCCCGGAAUAGGACUAUAAAUGUCGCCAACCCACGUCCGACAGGAAAGACGGAAUGUAAGGCAAAAAUUAAUGCAUUAAAAGUUGCUGACGGAAAGUUUCGGCUGACUACAGUUCACAAUCUCCACAACCACGGCCUCAGUCCAAAGAAAUCUCGGUUCUUUCGAUGUAAUCGAGAAGUGAGUGAAUCUGUUAAAAGGGUCCUAGAUACAAAUGAUUUGGCCGGCAUCCGAAUGAAUAAAAGUUUUGGGUCUCUUGUUGUUGGCGCGGGUGGUUUUGAGAACCUCCCGUUUUUGGAAAAGGAUUGUCGUAACUACAUCGACAAGGCACGACAUCUACGAUUGGGCGCUGGUGGUGCUGGAGCGCUUCGAGACUACUUUCUACGAAUGCAGUACAAAAAUCCGGGGUUCUUUGCACUAAUGGAUUUGGAUGAUGAAGGGAGGUUAAAAAAUGUUUUUUGGGCAGACCCCCGUAGUAGAGCAGCUUACCAAUAUUUCGGGGAUGUCUGUAUGGAUGGUAUAGCACCGAAGGCUAUUAUUACUGACCAAGACAGAGCCAUGAAAAAUGCAAUUAAGAUUGUUUUCCCAGAAAGCCGACAUAGAUUUUGCUUGUGGCAUAUCCUUAAGAAAGUCCCUGAAAAGCUUGGCUGUUAUGGUUCUUACAAAGAGUUUAUACGCUGA